AUGGAAGAGGAUUCGAUCACCGCUACCAAGGCGGCGUUCAUAAGAUCCCAACUGAAAUAUCUAUCGGCCCCUUUACAACCAUCAACAGCAUGGCGAGAUUUUGCGCCAGAACCAGGAGACGGCCAACUCAAUGAUAAAGCCAUACAAGACAUUGUUUCCAAAGUUGAUGAUAAGAUCAAAGCCCACCACAGAAUGAUCUUCUCCACCCAAUCUCAACGCCAUAUCGCAGAACAAAUAGAGGCGCUGUAUUGGAAUAAGGCCACUGCCGAACAAGACCGUGCGGAAAUAGAUACAGUCGCGAUCCGACGAGAGGUAGAUCUUACAGAGACCGCUACGAUCGAAAGUCUGCCCGAAGAUUACACCGAGUUACACCUCCACCAGGAUUACAAGGUGCAGGACGAUGAAGCUUCAGAAUACCUAGAACUGCGUGGUCAAUUGGUGGAGAUGGCUCUGAAGCGAGACGCUCUGAAACGGAGAGUUGCGCAGUAUCAGCAACUACAGAAGGCACUGGAUCCGUUGCAAGACCCAGUAGCCAAUAUUCAACCAAACCUCGUGUCCAGAGACGGGGAGUUGAGUCAGGAACUGGAUCGUAUGCGAGUGCUAAUGGCGCGGGUCUCUGCGGGGUUGGCGGAUUUGGAUAGCAGACCUGUGGACAAAGAUCUCAAACAGUCAAGCACGGAAUCAACGACGAAUGCACAGAAAUUGGCAAGAUUGUUGGAAAGAACUUGA